UGUCAGUGAUGAGUUACCUGCCGGAGCGGAGCAGCCUUUACUGAGAGGACGUCAAAACAGCAAUGCGAUGAUCACAAGGAUUAUUUUGGAUCCGUGGUGGGAGCGCUGAGGAUAAUACAAAGGAUCAGAGCGCUGACAUAGGUUACAUAUGGUACCAGGUGCGUGCUUGGAAUGUGUGCAGGAUGAGCAGCACAUUUGUGACAUUAGGUGAAGUACUGGAGGCACGAGGGGGACCUCUGCUGGAAGAGGAGGUCUGGUCCCUGCUGCUGGGCACUGCAGAGUUUUUAGUGGACGUCUCUUUUAAUGGUCAGAACAAUAUGUGUUAUAUCAUAAGCCCCACCUCCUUGCUGCUGUCAGCCACUGGUACCUUAGCAUUUAAGAAGUGUGGCCUAUCAGAUGAUGUAUCCACCUUCACUGCUCCAGAGAUGCUGCAGGGCCGUGCCAGCUCAACCAAACCUGCCAUGGAGAGGAUGCUGGUGUAUUCACUGGGUAUGACUCUCUACUGGUCAGUUGAUUUUCAACUACCUCAAAAUCAGCCGGUCCAGUUGAGUGACCAUCUAAACAACCUCCUGCUCAGCAUGUGUGAGGACCAGGCCCACCGCAGGGUCACUCUCAACAACAUCCUGGAAGCCUGCGAAUCUCAACAUAAAGCCACCACCCUGCCGUCACCCACCAAAGUCAUCAGGCAGCUGGUGGAGGGGGUCUUUCAUGAAUCAAUGGAGCAUGGCUCUCUGCCAGACAGUCACGUUCCUUUGAGUGGCAGGAGCCAGAUGAUCAGAGAGAGACUACAUGGAAAGAGAGGGCCACUUUCAGACUUCAGCGAAGGCAGUGCCGAUGAGAGAAGAUACUCAACAGACUCUGACUCAAAGUCAGGGAGUUUAACUCAGAGACCUUUGAGACAAAGACCAAAGAGCUCUCCCACACCGUUGUACCAAUCCUCCUUAGAACGACAUCCUCGUGGAGUCCGUCACAGGGACAGCAACUGCAGUUGGCUUGGAAGGAGCCCCCACAUCUCUCCAAAGACAUCAGGCAGAUCUCACAGUCCUUCCAUCAGCUUCAGUGAGUCCUCGCUCAGUCUGAGCCAGAGAAAGGCGAAGGGUUUGGGUCCAGAAUUCAUAAGAAUGGCAGACGAACAACAAACUGUUCUUGAGCUUCCAGGAUCUAUCGUGUCCAGAAAGGGCCGCUCGUGUUCGUCUCAGAGAGAAGUGACUGUCGCGCUGCCUAACGGACAGUACGUGGUGGUUCGCUGUGACAUUAAGUCCAAAGCAAGAGAUGUGUUUGACAUGGUGGUGGCUCACGCAAACCUGGUAGAACACUUCUACUUUGGUCUUGCCUUUAUAGAUGAUGAUGAAUAUUUCUUCUUGGACCAUGAAACAAAAAUCUCCAAAAUUGCACCAGACAGUUGGAAAAAAGGACAGAUAUCCUCCUUUUUGGUGUUUCUUCGAGUCAAAUUUUAUGUUGAUGAUAUGUCCUCUAUUUUGCACAGACUGACUCGCCAUCAGUACUACUUACAGCUGCGGAGGGAUCUCUUGGAAGACAGGCUCUACUGUAAUGAGGAGACAGGCUUGUUUCUGGCUGCUCUUGCUCUGCAGGCGGAGUUUGGUGAUUACAUGCCAGAGCUGUAUGGUAAGAAUUACUACCAGCCAGAGCAUUAUGUGUCCAAGAGGAUGCUCGAGAAGCUGGCCCUGCCCAAUGUCAAGGAGGAGUUGCCAAGACUACAUGCAAGACAUGUCCAGAUACUGCCUGAAGAGGCUGAAACAGAGUACCUAAAGAUUGCCCAGCAGUUACCAGAGUAUGGGAUUCUGUUCCAUCGUGUGGGGAGAGAAAAAAGGCCAGUGAUCGGAGAGUGGGUUUUGGGAGUCUGCGCCAAAGGAAUCAUUGUGUACGAGAUGAAGAACCACCUGCGGACCGUCACCAGGCGCUUCAUCUGGAGAGAAACCGACAACAUAUGCACUGGGCGACGUAAACUGAUUAUAGAGUGCGGUGGGCCCAGCGGGAAAAAGCACAGUUUUGUAACAGAAAGCUCAAAAAUAGCACAGUACCUUCUGAACCUCUGCUCGGCGCAGCACAAGUUUCAUAGCGAGAUGACGUCACGACAACUUAACCACACCAUGAUACCAGAUGAAAACAUGGAUAAGUACAUGUCUGUCUACCGGGGUCAUAACCUGAACCUGAAGCAGAUGUCCUCCUCAGAGGGCAUGUUGCACCAUAUAGGUUUAACACUCGGUCAACCAGACUCCCUCUCCAAGUCCUGUGAUAACCUGACGGAGCAGCUGGAGGCGAGGCUGCGGCAGCAGAGGGAGAUGAGGAGGGAGAUGAGCAGAGAGCUGAACAAGGAGCUCGCGGAAACAGGAGACUUCGGGGAAGUGAAAGAGCGACAGUGUUGGAGCACCCAAGAGACGAUUCCCAGGAUGAUGUCCAGUGUCUCACUACAUAAGCAGGACUCUGACGUCUCUUUCUCCAUACGAGUUGAUACACCAACCAGGACCCCGCCAGAGAGAGAGAUAGUCUGUGUGACCUUGAAGAAAGAUCCUAAACUGGGCUUUGGCUUCGUGAUAGUCUGCGAGGACAACACAGGUAAACUUGACCUUGGGAUCUUCAUUGCCUCCAUUGUGCCUGACGGGCCGGCGGACAAGGAUGGACGAAUCAAAUCUGGGGGACGUCUCAUCUCCCUAAACAAGAUGAGUUUGGAAGGAGUGAUAUUCAGUGACGCUGCUGCCAUCUUACAGAGCAGCCCUGAAGAGGUGGAGCUCAUUGUGUCCCAGCCGAAACAGUCUUUGAGGGAACGUGCAAAUUCCUUGAGUAUAAGUACUCUCGGUUUGGCGUUGGAGAGGAGCUUUGGGUCACAGACCACAUUCAGUGGCAUUGAGUAUCGUCCCGUUAUGGAGGAACUUGAGGAGGCCAUCAGUCUGUCCAACAUGGCAACCCCAAAACGGAGCAAGAGGCUGCACAUUCCUGUUGUACGAAUACAUGACGCCAAGGAUGUGUUCUCCAGGUCCCCCUCUAUCUGGAGUUUGAAAACUGGGGAGCGGUUUAUAGUGGAGCUUAAGAAAAACAGUGGUGGUCUUGGUAUCAGUGUUGCUGGAGGAAUAAACACCAAUGUGCGUUAUGGAGGAAUCUACAUUAGGAGCCUGGUGAUUGGAGGUGCUGCAGAGCUGGACAGGCGCAUUCAGAUAGGUGACAGACUGCUGGAGGUUGAUGGGUCCAACCUGAGGGGCGUGACUCACCACCAAGCUGUGGAGUGCCUAAAGAGGACGGGGGAGGUGGUGCAUCUGCUGUUAGAAAGGGAGCCCAUGGUAAUCUUGGAGCCCAGAUCUGACUCGCCCUGCCUCCCCCUGGCCCACAGUUCAUCACAUACGCAUCCCCCCACGACUGAAGUCUCCAUGGAAACGACCUUGAGUGGCCAAGCCAAGGACUACAGCUUUGUGACUGAUGAAAACACGCUUGAAGUGGUGCUGAGAAAGAGUUUGUCUGGCCUCGGCUUCAGCUUCAACAUAUCGCAGCUGUGGUCGGGGCCAGACCGUGGCAGCGUAGUCCGCAUCAAACGUCUGUUCCCGGGUCAACCGGCGCUAGAGAGUGGCCUGCUGCGACAGGGAGAUGUCAUCCUGUCCGUCAACAAGGAGCCCGUCAAGGACCUGUCUUACCAGAGGGUUUUGUUCCUGCUCCGUGGGACUCCAUCUGAAGUUCAUCUGCUGAUCUGUCGACCAGGUUGUGGAGUGCUGUAUGACGACACACUGAGUCCUGCAGCCUUCCGUGAGGGUCGAUCUCAGUCGCUGGACAUUCGACUAGGAGAGGACUACAGCCAGCUCCUUAAGUUUCAAUAUGAUCUCAAAAUACAUGCCCAGAAGCAGGCCCCCACUCGGGAAGAAGACCUGACAAACACAGAUGAGGCAAACCCAGAUCCUCCUGCAGCUCCAGCUCUCCCGGAGACCAAGGAGAGUGUGGACGGCAAAGUGCUGGCCAACCAGACUCCCCCAUCUCGUCUACGCUCACCCCCUUUGCCCACUUCACCUACAUCGCCUCCAUCACCAGUCUCCCCUGCAUCACCUGCCUCACCAACUUGUGGCUCACCAGAGGAACAACGGCAAGUAGAAGCAAAGAAGAAGAAGAAGAAGAAGAAGAAGAAGGACAAUGAAGAGGAGGUUGCAACGACAACACGCUCAACCAUGUCGCGUAUGGACGUCUGUCCUAAGACUAGGUCAAAAGUAUAUGCCAGCGGAGUCCGAGAGAAGGCAGAUGGAAGUGUGACCUACUGCCUGAUGGGAAAUGGACUGACUAUCAUGGCAGAUGAGGAGUUCCUGACCAUCAGCUCCACUCUGGAGCCUCUUCACAGCCGUCCCUCCAGUCUGGCUACUCACACUUCAACUACCAACCUCACAGGCCUUCACUCUCAAACCUCCAACAGCUCAUCUGGUUUCAGAUCUCAGAAUCCAAGCCUCGGCCCACACAUCCCCACUAGCACCGUCUCGACCCUCAGCCUCUCAUCGUACACCCCGACCAGUUGCUCGCUGGCCCGCCGAUCCCAGCCACUCACAACCCAGCCACUCACAACCCAGCCACUUACAACACAGCCACCGAAAGCCAAGCACCACCCGAUACAGCAGGGGCCUCUUCCAAGUCACUACAAAGCCAUCUCCAUGAACAGUAGGCCUAUGGUGCCCCCACCCCGGUCUCCACCAUUGACCCCCAUCACAGCACAGGUUGUUCCCUCUGUGCCUCCUUGUGCCAGUCCACCUGCCCCGAUGCUGCCCCCCACAGUGCUGCUCCUUCCUGCCCAGAGCCACACACAGCUCAAAGAAGAACCAGAGAAGAAAGGAAGAGAAUACAAUGAUGAUUAUGAUGAGGAUGAGGAAGAGAGUCGAAGAAAGGGAUUGGUUAAAGAGUUUGAGCUGACAGUGGUUCUGACCAAGUCCAGGAGUGGAAGCUUUGGGUUUACCAUCGCUCGAAGCAAGCUGGACAACUGCUACUACAUACAGGACAUACGGAAAAACCCAGCGAGGUCAGAUGGACGGCUCAGGGCAGGAGACAGGCUCGUCACAGUAAAUAGACACGAUGUUACCUGUGUGGCUGAUGAUGUUGCCAUGACGAUUCUCAGGUCAUCUCCGAGAAGACUGAAUAUGACUUUAGGAAGGUCUGUGACAAACCUGGUGGCCCCGCCUUCCUGUGACAGCCUGCCUGAUAUAGUUCUCUACAAGACACCCUCAGGACAGCUUGGUAUAAAGCUGACAGGAGGCAUUGGCAGCAAAUGGCAGGGCAUCUACUGUCUGCAGGUGGUGCCGGGCUCCCCCGCCAGUGAGGAGGGCAGUGUUCAACCCAAUGACAAGAUCCUCUACAUCUGUGGCAGGUGCACUCUGGGAAUGACCCUGGAAGAUGCAGUCAAAGCUUGUGAGAUCGCCCCUCGUAAAGUCAAACUUAAAAUCUUUAGAGAAAACCAGCCGGUGAACCCCAAGGCUAAGUGGAACGGUCUGUUUGACUGGAAAAAGGACAGGAAGUUCUUUUCUCGUUUGGAAGAGCCCGCCUCUCCAGAUAAAGACUCUCCUACCAAAGAUAAUGAAGAUGUGUGUCGGACUGCUGAAACAUUUAGAUGUCCCUCCCUCACAAAAGAACACGAUAGUUGCAUCAUGCAAGUGGGGUUCACAAAACCAGAAGGAGGAGGUCUUGGCUUUGCUUUGAUUGGGGGAACCAAUGACAGCAUCCUUCGAGUGAAGGAAAUCUGCUCUGGUGGAUUAGCUGAGCAGGAUGGCCGACUGAGAGUGGGAGAUAUUCUAUUAGAGGUAAACAGUGUGAUUGUGUCCGGGCUGAGCCACAGUAAAGUAGUGGAUAUCCUGCGUAAAGCUGAGGGCACAGUACAGCUCACCAUCUGCAGAGACAUCCUGCCCCUGACGUGCUCCGAGUCACCGACACCGCCCAACAUGUCCGCUCAGACUGAAGCGAUUUUAGCUAAGCAGCCGGCUCCGGUGUCCAUCCCUGAUAACGGUCCCUCUCCUGAUGCCAUGCUGAAUAAGCCAGUUAAGCGUGCCUCUGAGGUGACUUCAGACCCUGUGGUCAAUGAAGCUGGUGUGUUUGUUAACUCACCACCUCCUCCACCACGCCGACUGACUAUCGUAACAGAUGACGCUGCAAUUGCACAGGAGAGCUGUAACACCACCCCUUCUCAUCAAGCUUGCUGCCCAUCCCUAAAUGUCACUGACAUGUUGCAUGGAGCUUCUGACAGGAAACGAAUUGUGACCAAACUUUUGGACCACUCCUGCAAAGACAUCCGGAAAAUACAGUCAGACAGCUGGAGCAGCGAUGAAGAAGAAGAUGAUGUAUUUAAUGCCACCCGUCUGGACAUGACCUCAAGCCAAACAGGCCCACCCAUAGUAUCAGAGGAUGAACUGGCCAGUUUAGCUCUCAUUAGACCGGCUAAGACCAGCAAGUAUUCAGGCUCCAGAGUCAAAGCUCUCAUUCGGAUUCUACAGCAUCAAUUGGACCAGCACGAACUGGUCAAAGAGUUCAUGGCUCUGGAGCAUCUGAAGCCCUCUGACAACUGUCUGGUGGGAAAAGCCCCUGAGAACAGAGAUAAGAACCGCUACAGAGACAUCCUACCCUGUAAGUCUGAAAGAGGACGUUGGUUAGCUUUUACUUUCUUCUAG